AUUUUGACAGUUUUCAAGCAAGUGUGAACGACCGAACGCAUUUUCAUCAACUAAUUUUUCUUUUUAAGUUAAAAUGAGUGCUUCUAAGAAGUCGAAUCGGAAACGUAAACAUUCGGACAAAAUCGUAGAAAAUGGUAAAAUUCGAAAGACCGACCAAGUGUCACACAACAAUGUUGAGAAUGGAAACGAUGCGUCUGACCAUGAAAUCGCAGAGCACCCAGAUGUCGAGGAAGAGGUGGAAGAGGAACUAAAGACCACCGGAUCGUUCAAUAUGAAGAAGUUCCGGGAGAAAUUGAAAUCGGGCGAUUUCAUUGCAGAACUUCGUCAUUUCCUACAAGAGGCAGCGACAAAUUCUGGUUUGAUCGCUAAAUAUGUGAACGUCGGUGGCAAACCCUUAGAACUGAUCGAAGCCUUGGAACGAAUCGACAAAACACAGUUGUUCCACGUCUCCUACCUCUUCCAAAUCACCCAGCUCGUUCUCAUCGAAAUUCUAUCCAAUUCCACUCAACUGACACAAGCGGCUGUUCAAUCGUGUUCGUACCUCUUGAACAAACAUCGGUCAUGCAUUGAGUCUCUGUUGAACUCACGCACCAACAGUCAUCGGAAAUCGGUACUGAAAUUGCUGACUGCCGUUGUGGCUCUGGAACCAUCAUUCGGACGAGAGAUUUUGUCCGCCAUCAAUGUGGUCUUCAAUCCGGAAACAUUGGAGCGUUACACACAUCACACGAAACCGGAUGCGAAUGGUGGGGAAGAGACGGUUCGCACAUGCUACAUCCACUUUGUGAUGGCAUAUCUGAUAGAAGGGAAUGUCAUGCUGGUCCGGAAUAUAUUGGACCGCAACGAAUUGAUCAUGGCCGUAUUGUCAGGCUUGGUGUAUGACAGUCAAGACACGGUUUCGCUGGUAUUGGGCACGUUAUUGAAAUUCGUCUUGAAAGCCACUCACGUCUCUAAAACCAAGAAAGUGCAAGUGUUCAGCGUUGACAUUGUCACAAAACUGGUUGCACUGUUCGAAUGGAAGGGUCCGGCUUACUUUGCGGCCACACUGGAUAAGAAAGAUAAGGCAAACGCCGACAGUUUUGUGGACAAAAAAGAACUCGAGCUGGUGUCGAAAGUGACCUACGAAUUCCUGAACGUGCUGUUGUGUUCGCGGAAACAUGGAAUCGCCUUUCAAUGCAUCGGCUUCCGGUUGUUGAAGAAGAACAACACCCAGAAAGUGUUCUUGUCAGUGACCAAACAACCGUGGAAGAAUCCGUACACGGCCGAAUUGGCCAUCGAAGUGCUUAAAGCUUGCCCGGAGCUGUCCAAGGUCGCACUGAAACGUUACAAUUUCUUCCUGGAUGUCAAGAAGAAGGCGGAAUUCUUUCAAACCGUCGAUUGGUUCUGUCAGAUGUUGGAGGGCAUGUCGCCGAACAUUCUCAGAACCGGUGCGGAAAAUAUGAGCGCCUCCGAAAUGGUGCAACUCAUCCAGACGAUUUGCAUGGCGCCGGAAAUUCUACAAAAACUGGCAAUCGAUUCGAGAAUCCGAAACUCGAACAUAAAGAUCCGAUACGCCACCACCCGACUGCUGCAUGUCAUGUUCAAGCAAUGCAAUAACUUCCUAUUCGCUAUCGGUAAAUGGAACGUUUACAGUCAGCACGAUAUGCGAAAAAUCAAAUUCGACAUGAUCAACCACAUCUUCGUGUGCUCGCCGACGGUCCAGCAAAUUUUGCUGUCUUUGCACAUGACACUGAUGAAGCCCGGCGAGGACGAUAUGUUCAAUCAUUUAGAAUCGACGUUGGAUUUGCUGUUAAUCAUCGCCAAAUCGAUACCGUCCUUCAUCGAUGCAUCGGCGUCAGUCAUGAAUUACAUGAAGAUCUUGCAACCGAUCUAUGAGAUGCAUCGCGGUCAUGACAGCUCCACCCGAAUCGAGCUGAAAGCCGUACAGUUGAUUCUGACACUGGAACCGAAGGCUCUGUCAGUGAAUACGCCGUUGUUUAAUCAGGUCGUCGAUUCAUUCAUCAAUGUGUUCAUCUUUGGUGCGGAGAAAGAACAGAACGAAGCGAAGUUGUUGCUGAGAAAUGUGUUCCUGAACACAGGAUUCUUCGAGAAUGGAAUGCUUGAGAUUGAUUUGUGGUUGGAGGCGCUGAAAUUCAUCGAUCACGACGCAGUGGAUAGUGUCAAGAAAUUCUUGGUGAACACUUUGACCACGUACAACACCAACAAAGUAUCGAAAUUGGCGCCGAGUCAAAUCGAUGGUGUCAGCAAUGUCAAGAACAUCGAAGAACUGUUUUUCAACAUUGACAACGGACUUACCUUGACCGGUUUUAUGGACAUACCGACGUUGAGCAAUUUCUUCGUUCAUGCUGUUGCCAAGCUAAGUGAACAGAAGGACGAACUGGCGAGCGGAUACAUUACCAAUAUUGGAUUUCUGCUGUUCCAUUAUCAACCGGAACCGGAAUCGAUUCAGUCGUUGAUGAAGGAUACGAAGCAUCAGUAUGGCAAGUACAUGAAAAAUUGGUUGGUGAAUGGUAAGCCCGGUAAAUUAACUGAACACGAUCUCGCCACUUUGGUGCGGUUUUACGAAGCUCUACUUGACGGUGACAAAACGUUCGAAGAUGUGUUUAAAUCAGCUUCAUCGGGAGUACGAUUGCGGAUCGGCGGUGUCGAAAUGGAAGUUGACCGAAAUCUCAGCGCCGAGUCACGAGUCAUGAUAUUCAUUUACGUGACAAUGUUCGUCGUCGUCCAAUUGAACAAACAAAAUGGCUUUGAUGUGAAACUGAACGACCGUUGUACGACGUACAUGAAAGGUUUGAUUGAAGUGCUGCAUCAAUUGUGGAACAGUGACGCGAAAGACACAAAAGGUGGCUUCGAAGUUGAACAGGCCGAUAACAGCUUCACUUCAUCGCUGAAAUACAUAUUCGAGAGUCGCUUCUAUUUCCUCGACAAUUUUAACAUUUGGCACAACACCGGCGUCACGAAAUUUAUUGUCGAUCUAACGAAGUACAUUGGCGAACUGAGCGCCGACUAUUUGGACGACAUUCUUCAUCAUUAUCGGACCAAAAUCACCAACCAAAUUGAACAGGCAGUUCUUCAAGCCACAGACAAGGAUAGCACGUUCAAACCUCCAUCAACAUCGGACGAUGUUCUGGCAAUACUUGACGUUUUCUCGUUGAAGCAUGAUCAUCUUGUUACGAUUAUCGAAAGUAUCGGCAAGUUGCCGACUGAUGAAUUUUCAACGGUUUCUCCGAUGAGCCGAAUUUCCUUGGACAUUUUGGGCUUUGUGGUCAAACGCGUGGCUAAUCUUAAGGUGAAGGUACUGUCCAGCGAACACAUCGCGAGCAUUUGUAAGAUCUACGUAGCAGCAAUGAGCCACACCAACGAUCAGCCGAUAAAUGAAAGGUUUGAAGAUGCGGUGUUCAGCUACUUGAAAGUGUUCUACCACAGCAUUGGCUCUGUGUCCGAUGAUCUAUUUACGGCGAUACUGAAAAGUGGAAAGCCAUCGAAAUUGGCCAUCAAAUUGGCUAGUCUCCUGUUGGAGAGGAAUAAGACGUUUACGGAAAGCUUCGUUCAACUGUUGCCCACAUUGACAACGAAAAAGGAGCUGCUGUAUCCGCUGUUGAAUGUGGUCGCUAACGGAUCACUGAAACUCGAUCCGACUCUGCUGUCGUCAAUGUACAGCGAAUUCAAAAGCGGUAUUAUGAAAACCAUCGAAAAGCCGCAGAAAGCCGGCGUCAUCUACAAGGAGAACAUAUUCAGCACACUGUUUCUGAUCGAACAGUGUAUGCCGCUGAACGAGUGCAUUGACUUUGCAAAGAAAUCGAAUAAAUUCGAUUCGGCCGAAGUGUAUCAGCUUCAGAUCAUCAAAGCCAUACAUCUGAAGGCACUGGGUACUGACAAGCCCGAGCAACGGGAACAGAUUUUCAUGAAUUUCAUCAACAUUUUCGUUCAAUUGUUUUCGUUGCUGCUGAAGAAGGACAGUCUGGACUAUCACAAGAUCAACGGAUACGCGAUCAUCAUCAGUCAGUGGAUGAGUUUGGGUAGAAGUAUUCCCAAGAUCAAUCCGGAUUCGUAUCAGAAAAUAACGACUUCACCGUUGUGGACGACCAUCAGCCGUACCUGCUUGAAAACGGGAAUAACUGCAGAAACAGCAAGCGACACCUCCGGAAUUCUUCUGAAAAUAUUUGGAUUUUUGUGCGACCAUUUUUAUGCGAACAAUUCGGAGAACGCAGAACCGGCCCAACUCUACGAAAUGGCUUUGUCCCACUCGGCAUUCUUCGACUUAGCACUACAAACCCAGCGAUCGAACACUAAGACCUACCUGAUGUACACACUGUUCGUGCUGCUGCAGAAAAAUGCCGCGUCAAUUAAAUCCAAUCACGUGCCGGUGUUCUUGGGUGCAUACCAGGCCAAGUUGUCCGAAUGCGAUCAGUUCAUUUUGGCCAUUUUACAGAAGUACGAGCUGGCCGGCAUCAAAAUGCACGAAUACAAACCGUUCAUGUGGGGUGAAAGCGCCGUUUCCUACUAUUCGCUGAAGGAGAACGAAACGAAGACAAAUCUGAAUCAAGAAUCACCUGCCAUGCAGGCCAUGUCAUUGAUUGAAGCGAGCUGUGCAGAGAAAACGCUAACGAAUUUCCCCAUUUGGCGUCGAUUGGAUGCAACGUCCCAGAUUCCGAGAAUACGGUUCAGUUACCAUGGCAUUGUGGGCAACGAACAUUUGGACAUGCCAAACAUAGCAGCAAAUCGGUUAGAGGAAUGUGUCGUGCGGAACGAGUACGAUCCGGAGCUGUCAGACAUGAGUUAUCGAAAUCAGGACGUUUAUGACGACAUUUAUGAUCCAGCAUUUUUCGUACCACUCAUGUCUAUGUCGUUCGCACCGGAAGCCUUUACCAGACCACUUCGACCGGUACAAAAUGGAUUGUUGGCAAUGACAUUUGCUGCUUUGUCUUGUAAGGGCAAAUCACUACGGCUGGCCACUGGAAAUGCUCUGCAACGGUACAGAAGUCAUCUGGAACAGACUCGGUUCAUCGACAACAAGGUCUGGCUGCAUUUAUUCGAUUGCAUCCAAAACGGUCUGGGUGAAUUGACCGUCGACAUGAGAAAAACGAAAAAGAGUCGAAUUCCACGUGUGCCCUACGUGUCGGGAAUAUUUUUAGCGCAGACCAUAAACAUCCUCACCAAUCCACUGAACGAACUGUAUCGACCGAUGUCCAACUACAUUACGUUGCAGAACACAUUCAACUUCCUGGACGUUCCUGAAUUCAACGUGCUGUUCAACAGUUCGGAUGUCAAUCACGUGACUUAUCGCAAUUUUAUGUUGGGCGUGAUUCGUGAUGGCAUCAAGUGUGGAAGUGAUUUCACACUGCUGAUAUCGCAGAGCAUUUUCAAAGCGAUAUUGGGAUUCUACGGUACGCCAAUGUCGACGUUAGAGACGAAUUUGCUCAUCUUGCGAGUGAUCAAUGUGGCUGUUAAAAUUCCAAAAUCAAACAAAAUUCUGUUGGAGAAAAUCGGACUGUUAGCCUGGCUGAAUACGGUGGUCGACACUGCGGAAUUCUAUCAAUUUGAUAUCAUUGACGGCCUGUGCAGCGUGUUCAACAGCAUAUGGUUUUCCAUAAAACACGAUCAGCGUGAUUACGACAACGUAAACGAAAUGGAGUUGCGCUUGUUUAGCAUUCUGCUGAAAUUACUUCCGAACUUAUCGACGCGAACCGAUUGUAUGGCGUUCGCGAAAUUCUUGAACGUCUUCGUUCGGGUGAUUAAGGGUAACUUUAACUUCAUCACUGAAUCGAACGUCGAUCAUUUGAUCAGCUGUGCCAAGGUGCACCUAACGGAAAACAUUUUGGAUUUGAGUUUCGUCAAAGGUGGUGAUGAAUCGUACUGUGAAAGUCGGAUUUCGUAUGUAAGGCAAUUGAGGGAGGUAGGAGUUAACGAAACAGUUCUGUUUAUAGAUGUUACGAUGCGGGAAAUUAUUACCGGUUGGUUGAAGUCGAAGAAAUUGUAAUGACAUCAUGUUCAAGUCUUAUUAUCGAUGGAAAAAUAAAAAAAAGAUUUUUAAUUAAG